AUGAGUAAAAACCUACAAACACCUACGAAAUUAACAGAAUUCGGGCCGAUACAAGCGGAGGACCCCAAACCGGCGAGCGUCAGCCAAUUUUUGGCCAAUUUUUUCUGGAAGAAAACCAGCUCGGAGGACCCCAAUGGGGACAAAUCGGACGCCACGAGCGACAAUCUACCUUCUUGGGCCGUCGAGACGGCCUCCAACUCCCCCAAUCAACCGGACGCCCCGGCUUCGAACGUGUACGAAGUGGAUUUAAACGAAGGCAGGAGCUUGCCCAACGUCUUGAAGAGAAUCAGCAAUCUUCUAGCCCUCAAAAGCAGCAACCUGCAGGACUACAGCGAAACGGAAUUGAAGCAGUACUGGAUGCCGGACUCGGUGAGCAAGGAAUGCUACGAGUGCUCGGAGAAAUUCACCACCUUCCGCCGACGCCACCAUUGCAGGGUGUGCGGCCAGAUAUUCUGCUGGCAAUGCUGCAGCCAGCAGAUCCCCGGGAAGAUAUUCGGUUGCACCGGGGAACUACGCGUGUGCACGUACUGCUGCAAAGUGGUCUUGUCCUACUUACAAUCGUCGGAUUUCAACGUCGUCUUGUCCAACGAUCUGAAGAUGUUGCAGGAGAGCCUGCAGGUUAAAUUCGGAGUAGUUUCCACCAAAUCAUUGGAAGACAACACCUCGAGAACAUCUUCUGCGGAUAAGGAAGGUUGCGGUAAUAAGAAGAAGAAUUCGGUGUGUUACCAGGAAGAGAAGUUCUUCUACGAGAACUCGAACGCGAGUUAUCUAUCGAACGAAGAGAAAUCCAGAGCCUUGAGGAAUUCGACGUCGUUGAGGAACUUGUACGAAGAGAUAGCGGCGGGCGUGCAAUUCGAAACGCACCGAUACAAACAGAAGACCUACGGCGAUUGCGCCCAGGGCUCCGACCUCGUCGAUUGGCUGAUAUUCCAGAACAAAUCCAAAAAUCGCGUGCAAGCGUCGGCCAUGUGCCAGGCCCUGCUCGAAGCCGGCUACAUCGAAAGCCUCUCCGAUCCCACCAAUUUCAUCGACGGCUACGCCUUCUAUCGCAAGAAACUCAUCAACUAUCCGGAGCUCUCUUCGUCCGGAACAGACUUCGACGUGCAGUACAGCGAAGAGCCCCAUUGGGUGCAGCAGAUACCCCACGAUUCCAACAUAACAGAUUCGGACAGCGAGCAAAUCGUCGGUGUGACAGAAAUGAGAUCUUCUUCUUCGUAUAUGCUGGAUUUAAACGUGGAAGCGAACACCGUGUAUUUGUCGAGGCCUUUGAACGAAUACAAUCAACAAGUCGAGCAGGCCGAGCAGCCCGAAGUGAAAGAGACCGAUGUGGUUCGGCCGUCGAAGCAAGUCGAAGUCGCGCCCGAAUCGGGUUGGUUUAACGCGUCGCAUUUGCGCGAAGAAAACGGCGAGAAACUGGCGUACACCGUACUACAACGAACGUUCGAACAACACAAGACGGCGUUGUUCAAGCAAAUCCUACGAUCGAAAGGUCUCUCGUACGCCUGGUCUUCGACCGUUCAGGACGUGCUGCAACGACUCAUCGGCCUCGUACGACCAGAUAAAAACCACGACGCCAUCGACUUGGACAUCAGGCACUACGUCCGAUUCAAGACGCUCCCGGGCGCUUCGAAAGCGGACACCGCCCUCGUCGAAGGCAUCGUGUGCAGCAAAAACGUCGCCCACAUCGACAUGAAAACCGACAUCGACCACCCGAGGAUCCUCCUCCUGCAAUGCUCCGUCGUCUACCAGCGCACCGAAGGUCGCUUGAUGUCCCUCGAACCCAUCCUCAUGCAGGAGUACGAGUACCUGCGCAACGUGGCGGCGCGCAUCGUCGCGCUGCGACCGCACGUCGUGCUCGUGCAGAAGAACGUGUCGCGCUUGGCGCAGGAGAUGCUGCGCAGGCGCGACGUCACGCUCGUCAGGAACGUGAAGCGCAGCGUGAUGGAACGCUUGGCGCGGUGCACCGGCGCCGAUUUGGUGACGGCCGUCGACGCGCACAUCGGCCGGCCCGAAUUGGGCACCUGCGCCAGGUUCUACGUGCGGAACUACAAGACCGAUCGAGGUAAAUUGAAGACUCUGAUGCACUUCGAAGGGCUGCCGGGCGCCCAUUUGGGCGCCACCGUGCUGUUGAGGGGCGCCGCCGAGGAGGAGCUGAAGAAGGUGAAGGAGGCGGCCGAGUUGAUGUUGUUCGCUUCGUACAACUGGCGGUUGGAGUUGUCGUUUUUGAUGGACGAGUUCGCCGUGCCCGCCAACGCCGAGGGGUUUCUCGACGAUAGUCCGGAGGACGGGGAGGUCAAGGUGGUUCCGUCUACGGAAACCGAGCAGGCGAGGAAAAUCGACCGACCCGCCAUCAAGCGGUUCGUCAAAGACGAGAAAACGCUCGUCGACGACUUCACCGAUCCGCUGCACUCGGCGCAGGCGCACCAGCCCGCCGCCGGCGGCCCGUCGGAGACGCUCUCCGUCGCCCGAUUGCCGUUCGCCGACGGCUUCAAGAAGCACCUCGACGACGUCGUCCUGUGCGUCUCGCCGCACGUCGUCGUGCCGCCGCCCUAUCUGGAAACGGAGGCGGGCAAGCGGUGCUCGAUGCGCCGCUUCUUCCCCGACUGUCUCUACUACAGCCGCUCGUUCGAAUCCGCCGCCAAAACCAAACGCAAGGGGGCGCUCGACGGGCGCGCCAUCGCGCCGGAAAAUCGCGAUAAAUCGGUGAAGGCCCUCCACCCGUUUCUGGCAGCGAAGUUGACGAUGGGCGUCGAAGAGGCGCCGGUGCAGGACCUGCUGGCGCAUUUCCGCGCCUGCGGCGGUCGCUACGCCAAAAAGGAGACCAUUCGCGUGGAGAAGGCCCGCGCCGAGGCGGCGCCCUUCGAAGAAUCCGAGGCGAACCACAAGGACGUUUUGGAUCCCGUCCAUCAUCAGAGAUUGGCCGUGUUGUUUUGCAGCUACAGCACCGAAUCGAACAACGCGCCCGCCUUUUGCGUCAAUCCUUGGAUAGUCUACAUGGACUUCUACGGUCGCAACGACAUCCCGUUGGGCUGCUUCCUCGAGCGCUACUGCUUCCGCCCGAGCUACGAGUGCCCGUCGCUGACGUGCGACACGCCGAUGGCCGGCCACGUGCGCAAGUUCGUCCACAACGCCGGCUGCGUGACCGUCGGUCUCAAUCACUUCGAUCAGGCGUUCGCCGACGACGGCGUGUGCACGUGGACUUGGUGCACGGGGUGCCAGACGGUGUCGCCCAUCGCUACUCUCUCGGCCGAUUCGUGGUCCUAUCCGUUCGCCAAAUACCUGGAGAUCAAGUUCUACGGGGACGCGUACGGGCGGCGCGGCCCGGCCGGUUGCUCGCACAGCCUGCACCAGGACCACUACCAGUAUUUCGGUUACAAGAACUACGUGGCGACGUUCAAAUACACCGCGAUAACCAUAUGGGAAAUAUCGCUGCCUCCUAGAUCGAUAGAAGUGCAUUUGGACAGCGGUAAAUUGCACCGGCAACUUGUCGACGACGUGAAAUCGACCGCUCAGAAAGGCCACGAUUUCUUCGUGUCGAUCUCGGAGAAAUUAAAGGCCGAAGAAACGGAACUGAACGGAAGUCUGAGGCAGAUUUUGGCCAAGGAACAGGCGAAUUUCAAGCAGUCGAUCGACGAUUUGCAGAUGAAACUGACGUCGCCGUCGUUGGAACGGAAACCGUUCGACGAGAAAGAGGUCCAUUUGUCCUAUUGGAAACUAUCCGAUACUCUAACGAGAUUGAAAAGGAGCCUAGUCGAAAUCGUAGAGAUGUGGAACGGCCGUUUGAGCGACUUUAUCACCAGGAAAAAGGAUAGCAACGAUAAAAAAAAGGAGAAAACCGAGGAUAGCACCGAAAUUCAAAUUUCUUCCGAAGAAAAAGAAACCAAAAAAAUACCAAACGAUUAUACCGAGAGCGAAUCCUGCACAUCUUCGAUAGAAAGCUGCCAAAACGAAAACACUACAAACAACCAACCCGCCGAAGAUUCCACGGACGGUAAGAAAGAAACCGAUAAAAAAACCGUCAAGAACAUCCUAUCGAAUCUUCUACAACUGCCCAGCAAUUCCAAUUCGCUACCGGCCCCGUUUCCCCUAAACGAGCACUACCUCGCCGAUUCCUCCAUACCGGUCGUGGUGAUUGAAAACGAGCCGAGCUCCAUAGUCGCUUACACGCUCGCGUCGCAGGAAUACGCCAAACUCCUGGACGAAUUGACCAGCAGGAAGACCCACGGCGAUUCCUUCGGCAGUCCAUCGACGAAGAGAAAGCUCCCCGUCAACGCGGAUAAAGAUAAAUUAGAUAACAGCUCCGAACAGCACCAGCAGGAGGCGCAGCAGCAGCAGCAGGACGACGCGAAGAAGGCGCGCAAGGCGCACGUCGAGGUCCAAUUCCAGGACGGCAACAGCAAUUUCUUCUGUCGCGCCUACAUGGCUCAGGAAUUCGCCGAGCUCAGACGGGCCGUGCUCAGCACCGGCGAAGAGGGCUACGUCAGAUCGCUGUCGCGGUCCGCCCAAUGGGACGCGAGGGGCGGCAAGUCCGGCUCGAAUUUCUCCAAAACCACCGACGAUCGCUUCGUGCUGAAGGAGAUGUCGAAGACGGAGGUGCAUCUGUUCCUCGAAUCUUGUUCGAAUUACUUCGGCUACGUGCACAGGUGCCAAUCGAGCGGGCAGCCGACGCUGUUGGGCAAGAUAUUGGGCGUCUAUCAGAUCGUGUUCAAGAACAGCUCGAACGUGCCCUAUCGUUCGAACGUGUUGGUGAUGGAGAAUCUGUUCUACGGCCGCAAGUCGUUGCAAAAGUUCGAUUUGAAGGGUUCGAUGCGCAACAGGCUGGUGACGCCCGAUCGCCAGAGCGACGAGAUCGUUUUGUUGGACGAGAAUCUGAUGAAAAUGACCUGCGAAUCGCCAUUGUACGUUCUACCGCAUUCCAAAGCCGUCUUGAUGAGCGCCAUCCAAAGCGACACCGAAUUCCUUUCCACGCAAUCGGUGAUGGAUUAUUCCCUGCUGGUCGGUUUGGACGCCGAAAACAAGGAAAUCGUAUUGGGAAUUAUCGAUUACAUAAGGACGUUUACGUGGGACAAGAAAUUGGAGACGAUGGUGAAGAGGAGCGGCAUUUUGGGCGGGCAAGGGAAAUUGCCGACGAUCAUAUCGCCCGAGGAGUACCGGAAGAGGUUCAUCGAGGCGAUGCACAAGUAUUUUUUGGAAGUACCGGACCAUUGGACCGGCCUGGGCAAAUCCGUGGAAUUCUAA